GGUCGUCGCCGCCGUCUGAGCGCGAGGGCGACCGGAGCGUGGCGCCGUCCUCCCGCCUGAACCUGACCAAGCCGGACGGCGACCAGGGGAACCCGAAGGCUGACCCGGCCGGGGACGGGGCGGACGCCGGGGCGGACGGAGAGGAAAGAGAGACGUGGUCUAAGAAAGUCGACUUCCUGCUGUCUGUCAUCGGGUUUGCCGUGGAUCUGGGAAACGUUUGGCGCUUCCCGUACAUCUGUCACCGCAACGGUGGAGGUGCGUUCCUUGUCCCUUACUUCGUCAUGGUGAUAUUCGGAGGAAUCCCUCUGUGCUACAUGGAGUUAUCUCUGGGGCAGUACCAUCAGCUCGGCCCGCUCAAGAUAUGGACAAAGAUCUGCCCUCUUUUCAAAGGUCUGGGUUAUGCCAUGAUACUGGUGGGGAUGUACACGUCCUUCUACUACAACACUAUCAUCGCCUGGGCUGUCUUCUACUUCUUCAGUUCAUUCACUUCUGAUCUGCCCUGGAGGAGUUGUAACAACACGUGGAACACGGAGAACUGUACGGAGUUCAAUGUCGACACCUGGCGGAAUAGCUCUGUCUCUGCAGCCACCGAGUUUCUCGUGAGAAACGUGUAUGAGUACCAGAACUCUAACGGGCUGAGUGAACUGGGGUACAUCCGCUGGCAGAUAGCGCUGUGUCUGGCCCUGGUGUUCGUCAUCGUGUACUUCAGUUUGUGGAAGGGCAUCCACAUGUCUGGAAAGGUAGUUUGGGUAACUGCAACCCUCCCGUACAUCCUGCUCCUGAUCCUGAUGGUUCGAGGCGUCACGCUGCCGGGAGCGAGGAGGGGCAUCCUGUACUUCCUCACACCGAAGUGGGAGACCCUGGCCUCGCCAUCGGUGUGGUGGGACGCAGCUGCGCAGGUGUUCUUCUCGCUGGGCCCUGGGUUCGGGGUGUUGAUCACUCUGUCCAGCUACAACCGGUUCUACAACAACACCUGCAGAGACGCAGUAGCUACCAGCCUGAUGAACUGUCUUGCCAGUCUGCUGUCUGGUUUCGUCAUCUUCUCUGUACUGGGGUACAUCUCUGUCACACAGAACAGGGAAAUAGAGACCAUAGCUGUAGGAGGGCCAGGCCUGUUGUUUGAGGUGUAUGCCGAGGCUAUCGCCAGUAUGGAGGGCGCCACAGGCUGGGCACUCAUCUUCUUCUUCAUGCUGAUCAACCUGGGCGUGGACUCUACGUUUGGCGGUCUGGAGACGGUUAUCACGUCCCUGAGUGACGAGUACCCGCGUGUGCUGCGCAGACACCGUGAGCUGUUCGUACUGGUGCUGAUGUGUGUCUGCUACACCGGAGCACUGGUCACCACCACCAACGGUGGUGUGCUGGUGGUUCACCUGAUGGACACGUUCGCUGCCAACACCUCUAUCACCAUCGUGGUGCUGCUGGAGGUCACCAUCGUCUGCUGGAUAUACGGGACGGAGCGUCUGUCGUGUGAGAUGCGGGAGAUGAUGGGGACAAAGCCCGCCCUGCCGUGGCGGAUCUGCUGGACGUUCAUCUGCCCCAUCAUACUAGCGAUCACUAUUGUCCUGGGGCUGGUGUACUACGAGGCGCCGGUCUACGGAGACUACGUGUACCCCGGCUGGGCCGUGGGGGUGGGCUGGGGCAUUACUGGAUCGUCCCUGAUCUGUAUCCCUCUCUACGCCAUGUACAAGUUCAUCAUCACUCCGGGAAAUCUGCAACAGAGAGCGCGACGCCUGUUAUUCCUGGAGGACUCGGGAGAGGCACAGGUUGCGGAAAUUGCCGAGAAUGGCCGAGCGUCGUCGAUGGAGUUAAACAAGGGACUGGUGGCUCUCCCGAACUCUAACGUGUAGAUGACGUCACAGCGGGUGUAUGCCUCUAAGUUGUUCUAAAUGAUAACAAAAGCAUUUAAAGCUGCAUUAUGUAACAUUAGGAUGAUAAAAAAAUUUUAUGCAUAUAAUAUGGAGGUUUUUCAAUGUUUAUAAGCUU